AUGAAUUGCCUUAAUAGUUGGAAGCCAGUUGUAGCCAUGAUUGGUGUUAACUUUGGUUUGGCUGUUUUAAACAUUCUGUUUAAGAUUGUUCUUAGCAAAGGAAUGAAUCAGUUGGUUUUAGCCACUUAUAGGCAAGCAAUCUCUGCAAUCUUCUUGGCCCCUAUUGCCUGUUGCAUGGAAAGGGAAAGCUACAAAAAGUUGACAACUUUCACAAUCUGUGCUCUAUUUUUCAGUGGACUGAUGGGAGGGACAAUAACUAUAUAUCUCACCCUAUUUGGGCUUAAGUAUACAUCAACUUCAUUUGCUUGUGGUUUCGUCAAUGUUGUGCCCAUAGACACAUUCUUGAUGGCACUCCUAUUUAGGCAAGAGAAACUAAACAUGAAGUGCAGAAGUGGGAAAGCUAAGGUCUUAGGAACACUAAUAUGUCUCAUGGGAACCAUAGUACUAACACUCUACAAAGGGAAGCCAUUGACAAAUAAUGCCCCAUCAUCACCACUAGGAUCAAUUGAAGCACACCAUGACACUAAGAGUUGGGUUAUUGGUUCAUUAUUCCUCUUUGCAGGAUGCUUGACAUGGUCUUCUUGGUUUAUAAUACAGGGUCGGGUCAUGUCGGACUAUCCAUAUCAGUAUUCUAGUACAUCUAUCAUGUCCUUCUUUGGUGCCAUUCAGUCAGCUGUCUUGUGCAUUAUCAUUGAUAGAAACACAUCCAUUUGGAGACUCAAAGGGAGUAUGGAAAUAUGGACUAUCAUAUACUCUGGAGUUGUGGGAUCUAGCAUAUGUUAUGCUGUGAUGUCUUGGUGUGUGAAGCAAAGAGGACCUGUUUUCACCUCAACAUUUAGUCCCUUCAGUCAGAUUUUUGCUAUUGUGUUCGAUGUCUCCAUAAUCCAUGAACAAAUUUACCUUGGAAGCAUUUUAGGAUCCAUUUUGGUUGUUGGUGGGCUAUAUGCUCUUCUUUGGGGUAAAAGCAAAGAAGCUCAAGUUUGCAAGACUGCACCAAGGGCCGACAAGGAUGAACGAACUGUAUUACCUGUAGUUACUAAUACUCCACCUCGUACCUAGAAGAAUGAAGAUAGAUACUCAGGUGGUGCGCAAUACUUAUCAACUAGAGUCGUCUUAGCUACUUUUGACUAAAUCAUUAAUGACAUUAAAGAAGCGUUCCCCUGUCGACUUCAGCUUUAAAUUUGGGAAUCAAGUUUUCUGUAGCAUUGCUAGGGAAUUUGUUUCUAUGUUUGACUGUAAUGAAUGUUUUACCAUUCCAUCAAUCUUUAUUGUAAACGUUUCAGCUUAUGAUUUAA